GUACGGCCCGGACGCCUAAGGCUUCGGAGGGUCGAGGGCACGGGGGGGGGGGGGGGGGGGGGGGGGGGAGCGCGGUUCGGGCCUUGUCCACGUUGGGGCCACUUGUGGGGUGUGAAUGAUGGCACCCAGAAAAGGGAGGGGAGAGCAGCAGUUUGUCCCAGUCAGUAAGGACAAACAAAGGGAGGCGGAGCUCAAGUUCUGCGGAUUCAAGUGGAUAACGAAGGGGCAAAUACUGCCGGACUCCAAUGGGAAUUUUCUCAUGGAGUGCAAGUUGUGCGGCCGGGGUUUUCAGGGCAGUGAAUCGAAGGCCGCACAACACUUCACAAUAAAGAACAACUGCGCUCAAGUCACCGCGGAGCAGCUCGCGGAGAUCUGGAACAAGACAAACUACCCGUUCGAUCAGAGCCACCAUCGGAAGAUCAUCGACUUCCUGAGGUCUCGACUUGGACGUGAGGCGAGAGGCGGAGCGCGCCAGGGGAAAGAUGAGGGGGAGAAGGCCGUUGCCGAGGACAGCACCCCGGACGAGCACGACGAUGACAACGAUGACGACGACGAUCAGGAUGCAGACCUUGGGGCAUCUCUUGAUGUGGGUCUGAUGGCCGCUGGCCGUCGAGGCCAAGAGGGGGCUGCUAAAGCGAUGAAGGACACCGUGCAGUCGAAGACGAGAAAGAGGAAGGCAACGACACCAGCUCCUCCUCUCCCGAAGAAGGGCAAAGUACUUCAACAGACUUCCAUGACAGAGACCUUCGAUCCCGCGUGGCAACGAGAUUUUACGAACGAGUUCCUGCAGUGGUGGUACGUCAACGGGAUUCCAUUCGAGGCAACGAGGAGGCCGGAGUACCAGCGAGUGAGGAAGCGGUUGCUCGAGUGUCCGCCAUAUACACAUCCUGAGUUGCCCACGCACCGUCUCAUUUUCGGCGACGGUAUUACACAGCAGCAGCGAGUUGUGGCGGAGAUGGUGGCGGCCGUCCGCAAGGACAUUGCGGCGACGGGAGCGACCAUCCUCAUGGAUGGUCGCAAGUCCAUCACUAGCGACCAGAUCGUCAACUUCCUUGUCGCUGGGCCCACGGGAGCCUACCUUUUCAGGACUGUGCAGCGCAACAGUGCUGUCCAGGAGACAGCCGAGGUGGUGGUGGAGCGAUGGAAGGACGUGUUCGACAACUUUGGUGUCGAAAACGUCAACGCCAUUUGCACGGAUUCUGUGUCCGUGUAUGUGGCUGCAUCCAAGCUCCUGGCGAAGGAGGAGGUCAAAGGGGGGCGCGUGAUGAUUCGCAUGUGGUCGUGGGCACUUGCCAUGGUCGACAGGGUGGCGAGGGCAAGACUGAACAGGACGUCGAGGGAGGAGCUCAACAUCGUUGUUCAGGCUUGUCAGGGGACUCGCGACGUUGUUGACGAGCGAGACGACGAGGACGACGAUGAUAGAGAGGGGUACGAGGGCAGUAGUGAGGACGAGGAUGAUCCCGCGUAUUCCCCGAGAUGCGGACGUGGUGACGACGCCGACGCCGACGACGAGGGCGGCGAUGGUACACAGGCUGCAGGUGGUUUGCGGAGGUCGGGUCGACAUCGUGCCGACCGAUGCAGUGGUGCAGGCAGGGGGGACAGUGGUGCAGGCAUGGGUGUGGGGGGCGCAGAACACACAGGGGGUGCAUGCCGUGGUGGCGGAGGACGGGCGAGGCGAGAGUCUGCAUCCUCCACUCGUACUGUGCACUGGGUUGAUGAGGGUGCCGCGACAGGAGAGGUUGGCACCGGGUCGGCUGAGUUUGCUGCUGCGUUGGCAGUGGCCGCUGCAGAGGCCGCUGGAGAGGCCGUUGGAGAGUUCGCAGCGGCGUCUGAGGAGGUCGCAGGGGGCUUUGCAGAGGUUGUUGGCGGGGCUGCGCAGGUUGGGAGGGCUUCAGCGCAGUUGGGUGUCAGUUUCAGUGGUAUUCUUGAUGUUUCGUUGGGGCCUCCUCCGACACCGGCAGGCGAGCGUGGCAGUGGUGACGCAGCGGCUACGCUGGUCGGUCAGAUACUGCGGGAUGUACCUUCAUGCAGCAUGGGUGACAUCAGUAGCAGCAUGUUGCAGGAGGCAGCAGCGGGGACACAGUGUUCGUCGGGGCAGGAGGAGUGUGCAGCAGGGGAUGGUGGGGAUUGUCGGCCUGAGCAGGAGCGAGCGCCAGAUAUUGAGUCGAGGGCACGGGCAAAGCGGAUGCGCGAGACGGGUGGUAGUGAGGGUCAUCAUGCGACGGACGAUGCAGUGCUUGAGUGUGGAGGCGCGGGCGCCGGGGAUGCAGGCGAGAGACCCGCGUCGACGGUUCAGGGUGUUUGUAUAUUGCCUAUCGGUGGAGCCAUGACGGCGGAGGAGUUGGAGCGGCAGCUACAAGAGGACCCAUUGCAGGCAGAUCGGCAUGGACGGAUGGACGAGGCGUCGAGGAGGUUCAUGGCAGAGCGCCCAGCUUACGUGCCCUGCAGCCCGUCACUGCCAUCGCCAACCACUGGUGCCACUACCUCCGUACAUGCUCAGGUUCCAGUCACGGGACGAACUACAUCACCGACACCUGCAGAGUUUCCUCCCAAAUCACGGAAGAAGAAGAUGAGAGUAGGUAAGAGUCUCAGUACUGUGAGGAGGGUGACGCAUGCGAUGCGGGAGACUCAGCCCGGGCUGGCCGGUUUACAUUCGCGGACUCGGGAGGCAUUGGCCCUGGACAUUGUCACGGAGACAGUAGGUUGGCGGGAGAGGGGCUCCAGCCGGUCGACGGAGCAGCCCAUCACAGCGCCUGCUGAGGCGGAGAUGCCAUGUACUGGGGGCGGACAGCAGGCAGGAGUCGUUUUGGAGUCCGGUACCGAUGAUUUGGAGAUGCCUCGUGGCCAGCGGAGGAGGGCUUCCGUGUACGACCUUCUUCGAGCACAGCACAGGGUUGACACGGCGCCACAGGGGGGGGUUCAUGCUCCGGAUACUACGCACGGGCCAGUAGGCGGCACAGGUGGCGGCGACGGUGUCAGAGGUGCUAUGCCGCAGCGGAGGAGGAAGGACAUUGUGGACGACGAUGAUGUUUAGUCCCACCAUCAGUCCUCUUUCAUCCUAUAUUUCUUAGUAGUGUAUAAUAUACUUAGUGCUUCGGAUGACGUGAUGUGUUCAUAGGUGUAGUGUUUAUUAGAUUUGUAUUUGUACAAAUGGUUAGACUACUGCACAAUUGUCCAUAUACAGGUGCAGUAGGUGCAGAUUGUUGUUUCUUUUUCGUUUGAUUUUUGCAUCGAUGUUUCAGAGGAUUGCACUAUAUAUUCAGACAUGGGCGCAGCAUCUGCAGCGCUUGCAUUUUUUUGUUUUCCUUCUACUUUGUUAUCGAUGUUUCAGACGAUU